AGCGUGGAAACUCGGGCCGUGAGAAAUGGGCCUGAAAAAGAAAAACCCGGGAGACGGGUGAGAGGGCUUUCAUUAAAUCAAACCCAAGAUUUCAAAGCGAAAAACCCUACCAAAACCCCACUGCUUGCUUCUUUCUGAAUUGAGAGAAGCUAGGAAAACAUCGCACUCAAAAUACAGGCUCUCUCCCUGUAUUAACCUUUUUAAUUGCUGUAUAUUAUUGGAUCGUGAAUAAUGUAUAGAAUAGCUUCAAGAUUAGCUUCAUCCUUUGGCUCCUCCCCUUCGAAGAAACUGGUUUAUGGUCAGCUUAUAUGCAGCAGAAGUUAUGUGGCUAAAGAUAUCAGUUUUGGGGUUGGGGCUCGUGCAGCUAUGUUGCAGGGAAUCAAUGAGGUUGCAGAAGCUGUCAAAGUUACAAUGGGACCAAAGGGUCGCAAUGUUAUAAUCGAGAAAAGUCAUGGGGGUCCCAAGGUGACAAAGGAUGGUGUCACUGUUGCCAAAAGCAUCAAGUUCAAAGAAAAUGCUAAGAAUAUUGGUGCAGACCUUGUAAAGCAGGUUGCAAAUGCUACAAAUACCGCAGCAGGAGAUGGUACAACAUGUGCAACUGUCCUGACCCAGGCAAUACUCACAGAGGGUUGCAAGUCUGUUGCUGCUGGUGUUAAUGUUAUGGAUUUGCGAACUGGUAUUAAUAUGGCUAUUGAUGCUGUCGUUUCUGACUUGAAAAAGAGCGCACUAAUGAUAAGCACACCAGAAGAAAUCACACAGGUAGCCACCAUCUCUGCAAAUGGUGAACGUGAGAUUGGAGACCUGAUAGCAAGAGCAAUGGAAAAAGUUGGGAAGGAAGGAGUCAUCACUGUUGCUGAUGGGAAUACUUUGGAAAAUGAGUUGGAAGUAGUGGAAGGAAUGAAACUUGCCAGAGGUUAUAUAUCUCCUUAUUUUAUUACUGAUCAGAAGACCCAGAAAUGUGAACUUGAAAACCCUUUUAUCCUCAUUUAUGAGAAGAAAAUUUCAGACAUGAAUUCACUUGUAAGAAUAUUGGAACUGGCAGUAAAUAAAAACAGAUCACUUCUAGUUGUGGCUGAGGAUGUGGAGAGUGAAUCUCUAGCUAUGCUUAUUCUCAACAAGCAUCAUGCUGGAGUUAAGGUUUGUGCCAUUAAAGCUCCUGGUUUUGGGGAAAACAGAAAAGCAAAUUUGGAUGACCUCGCCAUUCUUACCGGUGGAGAGGUUAUCAGUGAUGAUCGUGGUUUGACAUUGGACAAAGUCCAAAUUGAAAUGCUUGGUACUGCUAAGAAGGUUACUGUUUCUCUUGAUGACACAAUAGUUCUUCAUGGUGGUGGGGAUAAGAAACUGAUUGAAGAAAGAUGUGAGGAGCUGAGGACAGCCAUGGAUAAGAGUACUGCCAUGUUUGACAAGGAAAAAGCUCAGGAACGACUGUCAAAACUGUCUGGUGGAGUUGCUGUAUUCAAGGUUGGGGGGGUUAGUGAGGCAGAAGUGGGAGAGAGAAAAGAUAGGGUAACAGAUGCUUUAAAUGCUACCAGAGCGGCUGUGGAAGAGGGAAUUGUGCCAGGUGGUGGUGUUGCCCUUUUGUAUGCCACAAAAGCCUUAGACGAUCUUCAAGCUCAAAAUGAAGACCAGAAAAGAGGCAUCGAAAUAAUUCAGAAUGCUCUCAAGGCACCUACGUCUACAAUAGUAUCAAACGCUGGAUUUAAUGCGCCUGUGGUUCUUGGCAAAUUGUUGGAGCAAGAUGAUCAUAAUUUGGGUUAUGAUGCUGCUAAAGGUGAAGAAAUUUCUUUUCAUAUCUUAAUCUCUAUGAUGAUAAGCUGUUUCUGGAAACAGGUGAGUAUGUUAACAUGGUCCAGGCUGGAAUCAUAGAUCCCCUUAAAGUUAUCAGGACAGCGCUGGUAGAUGCUGCCAGUGUUUCAUUGCUAUUGACGACGACAGAAGCAGCUGUCGUAGAUAACCCAAAUGAGAAAAAACCGCCAAGCCGUAUGCCAGACAUGGAUGCCAUGGACUAUUAGAUUGAUUAGAUUCCAAGAGCUACUGCUGUUCAAGUGCUUUGUAUGCCAUAAUCUGAGGCUUAAUUCUUUCUUUUAAACUGAAGAACUCCCUCACCCGAAAGCAAAACCUUGAUAGCUUUUGAUGGAAAGUCUUUCCAGGAAGUCCGGCUUGCAAGCCCUCAUUACUAAUGCCCGACAACUCCAGGAGAUCCGCAUUGAAAUCGGAAACCGAAAUAAUUACGGCGAGAUUUGAAGUGUUACGACAUUGUCAUGAAGCUUUUUUGAUGCUUUGCUUAAUCAUUUGUGGAUAAUUCCUCUUGAUUUAAAUAUUAAAACUCAACUGUUAUUACAUGGUUGCCUGCAGGACUACUGUGUCACUACGAGGCUGAUGUAUUUGUAUGAAGUAAGUAAAGCAAAAUGGGAUACGUGAUACUUGUACCUUA